AUGCCUUCCCUUCUUGCUUCCGGUUCGGACAAGGAAAGUACGGUCGCGACUGAGAUUGGCGUGGCACCAGCAACCUCCCAUGUCUCCAAGCAAGCUCGCCCCGCGCUCGGUGAUGAUACCAACACCCGCCCUCCUGUCCCCAAGAAAGGCACCGCCCAGCCCAAUGCUCCUCGCAAAGGCGUCGCCAUCAAGAGGAAGCGCGCCCUUCCUGACCGCCCCUGCGACCGUGCCGUGUACGACGAUCUGACCGAGGCCGAGCUGUUCACCAUGUGUGAUCGGGACGACGUUAACAUCGAAAAGAUCAACGUUAGGAUCAAGCAGCAGAUCGUGGAUUAUCUCCUCAUGCUUGACAACAAAGGAAUGAUCAGCGAUUCUGGCCUCGAUGAGUCUGAGGGAGAGGCUCGUUCACUUCCUCCACCCAAGACGUCUGAACGGAAACUGCGUACUCGCAAGCCAGCCAUGCGGCCUACCGACGCGAAGCCCAAAACCACGAAGCGCAAGCGUGGUAGUAUUGAUGAAGACGACUUACCCCCGCCGAAGCCUCCACGCCGACAGAAGCUCACGAAUCUUCGACCUGAAGCCACCCCUCCCCUAGACGAUACUGCUACAACUCAUCCCGCCAAGCCACGCGAUCAGAUGUCGGUUGGUGAUCUGAAGGAUGUGGUCCUCACGGCUUUCGUGCCAGGGAACCUGAACGUGAAGUCUUGGUAUACUCUCCUCAAGUAUGCUUACAAGAUCACGUUAGAAGAAGGAGAGGUAUCUUCGCUCGACCCCAGCACCUUUAGGCAUCCCAUCUCCAAGUUAAUGGAGAAGAUCGUGGAGCACACCGGUCUUCGUAAAGAAGAGGAUGGAGGCCUCAGGUUCCUGCGCUUGCUGGUGACACGCUACGAUGAGCUCAAGCAUGAGGAGGAACCCAAGAUGAAAGUCGCACAUGGUAAAGCCAUCGAGAAGGAGGCCAAGCGUACUACGAAAGCUCAACGUGAAGAGAAUGCUAAGCGUCUCAGAGACGCACGCCAACUUGAGGAGACUCAGCGCCGCAAGGAAAAGGCCAAGCGCGAGGCCGAGAAAGCGAAGAAGCGCGGAGAAGAGAGGCAGCGAGAGGAGCAAAUCGCCUUCAAGCUGGCGAAUCAAGACACCAAAGCGCGCACUGAAGUCGAGGAAGGCAUCUCUCUAGAAACGUCUUCCUCGUCCAAGACGCCGGCCUCCUCUAAGCCGAAGCGGCCCAGACUUUUCACUCUCCAGCAGGAGCUUCUCGACCUUCGUGGCCCCAGCAUCUACAACCACAAGAAGGCUUCCUACGACAUCAACCGGGGAAUCAUUAAGCACAAGAAGUGGUCAAUGCUGUGGUCGCGGCCCAGCUUGAUCUCAAGGCGAGGCUACAUCCGCGGAGUAGGGCGAGAGUUCGCCAUUGAUCACGCACUCAUCCCUCCAUACGAACCAGUUGGUCAUGUCAUCCGGAAGCGUCCUGCCGUCCAGCGUGAGGUCAAAGACAUCUUUGCCUAUCGCAAGGCAAAGAGCCUUAAGGAUGUCUCCAAGGAAGAGUGGGAUGAGCGUGAACGUCAGCACAGGAAGGGGAAGAAGGCCAUGGAUGCUCUGGAGGAUUCGAAGAAAGUGUCGAAGGCCAUGAUCAAGGCGACAAUGAAGCGAGCCAUGGAGGAGUACCUGGCGUUGAAGGGAGGCAAGAAGAAGAACAAUUUCCAGGAUGAGAUCCUCGUAGCUGCUGUCAAGUCAGUCGAGGAAGACAACAUGACCAAUAACCCACCAAAGAAGCAAGAGGCAUUUUCUUGUUCUGAGCGAAAGAAACGCGAGCCUAAGCGCAAGAUCAUCGUUGAAGAUGGCGAUGACCAGGAAUGGCGCCGCGAGCUCAACCAACAUCUCCGCGAAGACAGCGAGGGUCUACGCAAGGGAGGCCUUGCUUCCAGCCGUCACUCCUCCGCGUCCGUGGGUUCAUCAUCCAAGGGUUCCUCCGAGGAACCAACUGCUCGCGUGAAUCCUAGGACAGGGUUCCUCGAGUUCUCCGGUCCAGCCCCUCUUCCCAAGCCAUCGAUGCCGUUGGACGCUAUCUUUGCUAUGAAGCCCGUCUAUCGGAAGCCGGCUCGUGAUGAGGACCUCCAGGAUGACCGGAGGCAAACGAUGAAGAGGCCCCGCCUAGACCAUGACCAGGCCCUGAAGACUACCUCACGGGCUGGUCCAAAGGCUACCUCCAGGCCCACCCAGCAGUUCUCUGCUCCGUCAUCCAGCUGCCCCAAGAAGCGGGGCCACGAGGACUAUGACCGACCAACGCGUGCGAACGGCAGUAAGGGAAGGUCCCAGCGUGUUGCUAGGGUAGAUUCUUACAGGCCGCACUACAGAUAA